AUGCCAGUGUGCCAGAUGAGCAACAAGAAGAGGUUCAAAGGAUGCAAGUCUGCCUUCAUCUUGGUGCACACCUUGGCGAUGCUGUCCAGACAGCGCAUUCCAAAGCAUCGGGUGACCCUGUUUGUGGCCAACGAGUCGGAAAGGAAGAGUUAUCGCGAGGCCUUGGCUGGCAGCGAGUGGGAGAAUGUGCGCAUUGAGCUCUCCGUUAAGGGCAACAAGGAGUCUCGCAACUUCAUUAUGAGGUUCUUUCCGGCCGGAACUUACGUCGUUAGCAUAGAUGAUGAUGUCGAGAGAAUCAGCUGGAAGAUUCGCGAGGGUAUGACGCCCUGCACGCUUCGCACGCUGCCCCCUGGAAGUCUGGAGAAGAUCAUCUAUGACGCCUAUCGACAGAUGAAGCAGCACAAGGCCUACCUUUGGGGAGUUUCCACAUCGCAGAAUGCUCGGCACAUGAAGGUGUAUGGUCUCUCCAAGCGAAAUGGUCUGGUGAACGGCUAUCUCAACGGCUACAUCAGCCGGCCGAAAUGCAAGGGGCUUUUCCGCACCCUGACUGACGCGACCGAAGACUCCGAGUUCGCUGUGCGGCACUAUGCAAAGGAUGGCGUCGUGCUGCGAUAUCGUAUGUACGCCGGCAUCACGAGUCCAUAUCUCAAUCGAGGCGGACUCCAAAAGAAGUUCGAAGCGAGCGGGGAGCGCAUCACUGCCGAGCAGCGCAGUGAAGCGCGGAAGAAGGAGGAGCGCUGGGGUGCCAUGGAGCUCCACAAGAUGUUCCCACAGCUGAUCGGUCCUCCCAAGAGGAGACGGGACAAGAAGACCAUGGAGGUGAACUUCUACAGCCACGGCUAUCCUCCGGGUGAGGGUGGCAAGAGGAAGCGCUUCGCUCCACGGCUGAUGGAUGCGGAUCAGAUCCGCUACAGGCUUGAGAAUCCGAAGCUCUGGGGAUGCCACGCCUACAAACUCUACGAGGGCUACAAGAGAUCAAAGACUUUGCGGGAGGCCGUCAGGCUUGGGGCCCGUCCCAUUGAUUUGGCACACGACUACAACUGGGGCUUCUUAACAGUCUUGGCCCAAGUCAUCGGCUGGGCAUGA